AUGGGCUCUACUUCCAAACCAUCCAUUCUUCUCAUUCCUGGCUCUUUCGCCCUUCCGGAAUUCUAUGAGCCGGUCUUCGAACUAGUUCGUGCAAAAGGCUAUGACAUUCGGGGUCUGCACAAGCCGACGGUCGGCCUUUCGGCUCGUCAGCCUCGGCCAGGAGCGCCGCCAACAAUGUACGACGACGCCGCGUAUAUUGCGGGAGAAGCCGAAAAGCUCGCCGAUGAAGGUAAAGACGUGAUUCUCGUGCCUCACUCCUAUGGUGGUGUACCAGCGUCUCAAAGCACGAAAGGGCUCAGCAAGAAAGAGAGGCAGGAGGCGGGAAAGCCGGGCGGAAUCGUGAGCAUCGCCUAUCUGACGUGCCUGACGCCGGCUCUGGGCCAGACAGCAAAGGACGUGCUAGCAACUGUUCCACCCGAGACUCAGAUCAACUUGACGGAAGACGGCUGGAUGAUCCAUGACCCACCCGAAGCAUCGGCUGCUCUUUCGUUCUCGGACCUUCCACUGGAAGAAGGAACAGCCUGGGUCAACAAGUUCCCUCAGCAUUCCGCCAUCAGCUUCGUGAAUGAGUUGACCCACGCUGGAUACAAGGACGUUGACGUGUCGUAUCUGGUCUGCGAAAAGGACCUAGUUAUUCCGCCAGCCAUACAGAGAGCAGGUAUAGACAUGAUUGAAAGAGAGAGUGGCCGCAAGGUCGAUGUCACCAGCAUUCCACGGGAUCAUUGUCCUCUGGUUCGAUACCCGGAGGAGGUUGCGGAUUGGAUCCUGAAGGUUGCUGCAAAAUACUGA